AAAAAAAAAUACGUCAAAACAAAAACGCGGCGGCGACGGCGUGCGGUGUUUUGAGAUUUCUAUUUCGUUCGUGAUUUCCUAAAAAUAUAGUAAAAAUGGCAGAGAAUUUGAAAUUAAAAGCAAUAUUCAGUGAAUUUCAGAAGAGCUUAGAUACCGAGCAAGAACGUCGUGAGAUUAUCCGUACUAUUUGCCGGGAAAUCGAUCAGUUAUCGAGAGAAAUAACAACAAUCCUGCAGGCUAUCCACCACAGUGAACAAGCAAUACCACAAGCGUGCUUGAAGGCGCGCGAACUGUUUGCGAAGACCAAUGAGGGGUACCAGAAGCUGGUGGCGGCUGUCCCGCCUACAGACUACUACAAAUACCAGGACCACUGGCGGUUCACGACGCAGCGAUACUGUUUCCUGGUGGCGCUCGUCAUCUGGCUGGAGACCGGCAUCAUGGCCACUCAUGCCACCAUCGCGGAGGUGCUUGGCAUAAGUGCAGUGGAGAGCAAGAUCGGUUUCCACCUGGACAUUGAGGACUACCUCGUGGGCAUCCUGCAGCUGUGCUCAGAGUUGUCCCGGCUGGCAGUGAACGCGGUGACUCGCGGCGACUACAACACUCCUCAACAGAUCUCCAAGUUUGUGCUGGAAGUUAAUGCUGGGUUCAGACUACUGAACCUGAAGAACGACCACCUGCGCAAGCGCUUCGACGUGCUCAAGUACGACGUGAAGAAGAUCGAGGAGGUGGUGUACGACCUCAGCAUCCGCGGGCUUCUGCCUCGCACUGAGGCAGCCCCCGAGGCAGCGGGGGCGGGGGCCGAGGCAGCGGGGAAUGAAGUGUAGUGAAUAGUGAAGUAGGAGGAAAGAGGGGGUGGUGCCUCGCGAGGCAGUAGCCCCAGAGGCAGGGGCCGAGGCAGCGGGGGCGGGGCCGAGGCAGCGGGGAAUGAAGUGUAGUGAAUAGUUGUGUAGUAGAAGACAGGGGGUUGUCGCGCGCGGCAACCAAUGCAUAGGUCGAGGCAGUAAGGGGGUUGGAAUGAAGUGUAGUGCAGUAAAUAGUGAUGUGAAGCCUGAGGCAACGGGCGAGGCAGGGAUUGAAGUGGAUGCGGCAUGCCACUAGAGUUACUAUUUGAUCUGCUGUCAUCAACCAAUUUAGGAUUACUGUAGCCUUACAGCAACACCCUGUAUUUUAAGUAACAAAGUUAACAAGUUGUCAGCUCUCAUUGGGUCUGGGCUAUGCUCAUUUGGCAUAUUAAGAUGUAUGGCCCUUUAUAAGGCAACAAUGUUUAAAUAUUUCAGUGUAUUUAAACCUUAAUUCCAUGGCAUAAAGAUUAAAUAAUAUAUGGUAGCUAUAUUUCAGCCACUGCCUGUAAAAGGGAUAAACGAGUGUUGGGUACAAAACAAAUUAUAUCUUUCAUAGUUACUGUACUGCCUUAGUUGUUAAGGUUUUUAUGUUUAAGGUUAAUUUAAGAGAGUUGUUAUACCCCAUGAGGUAUUGUGUUUAAAUUAUUUCAGUAAUGAUUAAUUGAAAAAACUAAAUAAAUAAGGACAACUUCAUAAAAACAUAUUUUAAAA